GAUAUGGCUGCUGAAGAAAGUAUAAAGGUUGUAGUGAGGGUUAGAAAACUUCUCGAAAGGGAGAAGGAGGAGAAGAAAGUUUUUAAAGUUCAAGACAGUGCAGAAAUUUAUCAUGAGUCGUCCAAGAAAACCUGGACAUUUGAUAGAGUGUUUGGGGCCCUGGAGGGUAACAGAGCAGUAUAUUUUGAUACAGUAUCCUCUAUUAUCGAGUCUGCGGUGUCAGGGUUCAAUGCAACUAUAUUUGCUUACGGACAGACGAGCUCUGGUAAAACCCAUACAAUGAUGGGUACUGAAGAGGAGCCAGGAGUCACCAAGCAAGCCAUUGAACAACUCUUCUACGCCGUAGAGGAGACUCCAGAUAGAUGCUUCUUGAUGAUGGUGUCCUACCUGGAGAUAUACAACGAGCAAGUGAUGGAUCUCCUGGACAAGAGUUCCACGAACUUAAAGUUGAGGGAGAAUGAGUCUGGGCAGGUGUACGUGGAAGGGGUGAAGUCAAUCCCCGUCACCUGCGCCGAGGAGGUUUACAAGAUUAUGAAAGAUGGGGAGAAGAACAGACAUUAUGCAGAGACUAAGAUGAACGACCGAAGCAGUAGAAGUCAUACCAUCUUCAGAAUUGUGCUUGAAAGCAUUAACAGGCUUGAAGAAACUAUUGAUGAGGAGGACGAUGACGGAGAGGGAAGACAGAGUAUGAUCGCCUACCUCAACCUCGUCGAUCUGGCCGGCAGCGAGAAGGCCGGCCAGACAGGGGCCGAAGGAACUAGGUUGAAAGAGGGCGGAAAUAUUAACAAAUCCCUGAUGAUGUUAGGCCAGGUUAUCCAGAAGUUAAGCAGCGGAGAUAAGAAUCUAUAUAUUAAUUAUAGAGACUCAAAACUUACUCGUCUUCUUCAGAACAGCUUGGGUGGAAAUGCGAAGACUGCCAUAAUCUGCACGAUUACCCCGGCGCUGAUGAGCGAAGAUCAAACGUUAUCAACGCUAAGGUUUGCAAGUCAGGCCAAGACAAUCAAAACCCACGCGACGAUCAACGAGGUGCUGGACGACCAGGCGAAGAUGGCGAAGUUGAAGAGAGAGCUGGCGGAGAGGGAGAAGGAGAAGUUGGAACUGCUGAGGAAGGUGGAGGAGCUCACUAACGCUAACCAGAAUGGUGAGCAGAGCCGACAGACUAGAGAGCUGCUGGAGCAGCUAGAGGCGGAGAGAACGGAGAAGGCUGAGCAGUUGAUGCAGCUGCAGCUGGAGAGGUCAGAGAAGGCGGAGCAGAUUGCCAAGAACCGUUGGCUCCAGGAGAAGAUCCUUGUUUCCAGUCAACCUGCUAAACCAAGCAAGAAAUCUCUUCUCUUAAAGGACCGGAACCGGCGUGAGACAUGGGCAGCGCCACGUGUCAGCACAGUGUCCAGAGCUAGCUUUGGGUUUCAUGCGUUUUCCCGACCCCUGUCGGUAUUCGAGCAGCCCAGCGCUCAACCUACAUUAGAGGGGAUUGACGAUGUUUUUUUUGCUCCACGGUCGUCUAGAAAAGUUAAAUUUCUCUCCCCUCCCCAACCAUCCUGUUCUACCCUAGUAGAGGAGGAUGAGGAUGGAGUAUCACCCUCCCUUCCACUGAAUAGCAUGAGCCUGGAUUCCAGUAUCCUGGAUUUAAGUCUAGGCAACGGAACUCCUAAAGCUAUAAUCAGGGACCGAUAUAAGAGAGUUAGCAGACAGCUGACAGCUAGAGAACAAGAACUGUUGAGACAAGAACGCGAGCUCAAGCGAGUAACAAUGGAGUAUCAGGAGCUAGAGGAGUUUGCUAGACUAGAAUCUGAGACCGGGGUUCAUGAAGACAGAUUUACCUCCAGACUUUCUACCGCUAGCUACGAAGAUAUUGAGAGAGUAAAGUACCUGGAGAAGAACUUCUCAGAUGCUGAAACCUUGAACCUGGAGCUGAACAAGACGUUGAGGGAAACCAAGUUGGAGCUGGAGUCUGUAUCUGCCAGAUAUGAGAUAAUGAAGGAGAAAUACGAUGCACUUUGUAUAACAGAGAAGGAACUUCAGGAAAAAUGGAAACUAUUAGAGGAUGGAUCCAGGAUUCAAACUGAGGAGCUAAAGGGAUUAAAGGAAAGGUGUCGAGUACUGGAAGGAGAACACCAAGAUAGUGAUGUGAAGAUGGAACUAGCUGUUAACAGAAAGGAAACGGAAAAUAAGGAGCUGCGUAAGGUGCUCGAGUGCGCAUAUGAAGAGAUAUCUGUGCUUGAGCGUGGAGAUAAAACUGCUGUUAAAGAAAGAUUUGAUAAAAUUGCAAAUCUUCAGAGAAAAGUUCAGGAAUUGGAAGAACUGGUUGCUGGGCAGAGCUCCAUGGUUUGUGAGCGGAACCAGCUGAAGGAGGACCUCUCCAAGCUCCAGGCCGGGUUCACGGAGGUCUGCGACGAGAUGGAGCAGAUCUCAGAGGAGAAGCUCAAACUGGAGCAGGAGAUAAAGAAUUUCAAGACAAACUCAGGAGCAGAACAGGUUGGUGAGAUGGUAGGACGGAUUGCUGAGUUGAGUGAGCAGGUUGAGAAGAGUGAGAUGAGAGCUGAGAACCUGGAGCUAGGAAACCAAUCCCUCCUUAAUACCCUGGAUCAUUUAACCAGACAGCAAGAGGAGAUGAGGAGUAGAAUUGAAGAACUUUCAGAGCUGUCGUCUAGGUUGGAGAACAGUAAUUCAGAGUUCCAAACUGAGAUUCUUCAACUUAGGGAUGAACUUCAAAUGGUUAGACAGGAAAGAGAUAAGGCCCUGCAAGAGAAGAUGAAGAUGGAAGAGGAGAAAACCUUAAAUGAGGAGAAGUCCAAGAAUGAGGCAGAGGGUGGAGAAGAUAUGAAAAUAAAACAGAUGAUGACUGAAAAUCUGGAUGGUAUUGAAAGAGCAAAGAUGGAUCUGGAAAACGAAAAAGAAAUGCUCAAGGAAUUAAGAUCACAGUUGGAAGAAGAGCAGAGAAAAUUUGAAGAAGAAAAGGCAUCAUGGGAGGAUGGUAAACUGCAUCAACAGAUUGUUCAGACCAGUGAUGCAACAUCUAUUAAUGAAAAAGUAGAGGAAGAAAAGAAGAAAUGGGAAGAAGAAAGGAAGACUCUUUCAGAUGAUAUAAAAAUUCUCAUCAAAGAAAAGGAAGCUCUUUCUGAAGAAAAUGAAUUUCUUAUCAGAAAAAUGGAAACUCUCUCUAAAGAGAAGACCACUCUCGUUGAAAAGAAUGAUGGCCUCUCCCAGGAAAAGAAAACACUUUCUGAAGAAAAGAACAGAUUGUUGGUAGAAAAGGAAACUCUCUCUGAAGAAAAGAAAAGCCUUACUGAAGAAAAGAAUAGCCUUACUGAAGAAAAGAACAGAUUGUUGGUAGAAAAGAAAACUCUCUCUGAAGAAAAGAAUAGCCUUACUGAAGAAAAGAACAGAUUGUUGGAAGAAAAGAAAACUCUCUCUGAAGAAAAGAAUAGCCUUACUGAAGAAAAGAACAAAUUGUUGGUAGAAAAGAAAACUCUUUUUGAAGAAAAAAUUAGUCUUAUUAAAGAAAAAGAAACUCUUUUUGAAGAAAAUAAUAGUCUUGAUAAAGAAAAGAAAACUCUUCUACAACUUUUAGAAGAAAAGAAUAGUCUCAUUGAGGAAAAUGAAUUGCUGUUCAAGGAAAAGACUAGCCUGACUGAAGAAAAGAAAAGUCUUGUUGAAGAAAAUAAUUGUCUUAUCAAAGAAAUGGAAACUUUCUCUGAACAAAGAAAUAGUCUCAUUGAAGAAAAUAAAACUCUUUCCGAGGAGAAGAAAACUCUUACUGAAGAACAGACCAGAUUGUUGGAAGAAAUUAAAGUUGUCGAAGAAAAGAGACAGUUGUGUCUUGAAGAUCUGAGCAAGGCAGAGGAAAACAUUAGUGUUAUAACAGCUGAAAGUACAGACAGGGAGAUAAAGAUUAGUGAACACGAAGACCAGUUUAAAAUACUCAAUGCUCAAAUACAAGAUAAAGACGUACAGAUUCAAGAACAGAACGCACAGAUUCAUGAGCUGAAAGCAGAGAUACUUAAUCAUACUGCCAGCCUGGAGAACCAGAAUAUUAAGCUACAAGGGAAAUCUUCUCAGAUUCUAGAUCUAGAAAGUAAGGUGGAUGUUCUCACAUCUAAACUCAACAAAUCUGAGAUGUUGCGUUCUGAGGUAAUUGCGGAACAGGAGCAGGAUCGGGAAGAGAUCAAGAAGCUUGUUACUGCCAACACCAAUCUAGAAUCUGAGAUUGAUCUGCUCAGGGCAGAGCAAGGCAGGGAGAACAACUCUGCUAAAAAGAAAGCCCUUGCUACCCUGAACGCCACGCUAUCCAACCUGGAGGAAACUCUUCAGACUGGACUAGAUGAAACUAUGGCCCCAAAUGGAGAACAGACAAUGAACGCAACUAUAGGAAAUAUCACCAUUGGUCCAGGUGAGAUGGCUGAAAUGAGAAACCAAUUGUUAGCUCUUCAGGAACAGUUAAUUCAUUUUGAUUUUGAAGAUUACGAGACUAAAAAGAAUGAAAACAAGAAACUGAUUGCAGAGAUGUCUGAGUUAAAAAAGAAGAUAUCUUACUUGGAACAAUCAGCCUCCAGAGCUGCUGAGGUACAGGAGAAAAUAGUUGAUGAACUCACAGAGAAACAUAGGAUCCAGGUCAGUAUUAUAUCCACAAAGAUGAGGGAGGAGUUGAAUAUAAACCUGCCUGCUCUUGAGGAUAGAAUAAGGGAGGAAAUGAAUGAGAAGAGAGCGUCUGAAGUUAGCCAGCUCAAAUCCCUAUACGAGAAAGAGAUUGCAGACUUAAAGCAGGCUGCUGGUCUGUCCAUUAAUAAGUUAAACAUAAGCCCAAACCAUGCAUUGGUAGAUACGAGUUUUGAUGAAACUAUCAACCUUGGCACAAACCAGAACUUUGGUGGAAAUCAAUUCGCCCUAUUUCAAUCAGGACCUGGAGAAUCACUUGAGGUGCAAAUGCUCAGGGGAGAGUUAAAUACUCUCAGGGAGGAGUUGGAACAUAAGAAGAGUGAACUUGAAGAGUUUAAACAAAUGGAACAAAUUAAAACCUCGACAGAGCUCUGUAUGGGUAGUCCAACUGAUCUUGAUGAUGCCAAUGCUAAGAUUGUAAGAUUAAAUGAAACCAUUAGCAACAUGGAUUCCUCUCCUGAACCAGGAAAGUUUGAAGAGUUAGCUCUACUAGGGAAAGAAGCUAGUUUGGACCAGUCAACUGAUGAAAUCAAGAUUUUAAAGAGAGACCUUGAUGCUGCUUUAGCUGAGUUGCGAAGGAUAAAUGAAGAAAGAGAAAACUGCUCUUUAAAAUCCCAGACUGAUGCAAAUCUUGACAAUCUUAAUGAAUCGGCAAAUAACUAUUCUGAUCUUAAAGAAAAAUUUGACAAUAUAUCAGAACAUCUGGAAAUGGUGAAAAAAGAGAAUUCAGAACUUAAAUAUGAAAUUGAUGAACUGAAUUCCCUAAAGUUGCAGCUAGAAUCAGAGCUGGCCAAAGUGCAAGAGGAGUUCUCAGCUUUAGAGAUUGAGCAUGCAUCUGUAGAAGAAUCAGCUGAACAGGUUCAACAGAGCGCUGAACAGCUUAUCCAGACAAAUGAGGAUUUAAACUCUAGGGUGGAAGAUCUGGAAAAGACAAAUAUUAAACUGAGCCAAGAAUUAUCAGAUUGCAACAAUAAAAUGGAUGAAAUGAGAUUAGAAUUUGAAGACGUAGUGUCAGAACAGGUUGAUAUUGUCACCUACGAGCUGACGAACACAGCUGAAGCUCUAAAAAAAGAAGUAGAGGUUUUGAAGUUGGAGAAAUCUACUCUGGAGGAGGAUAAGCUUCGCCUUGACAGUAGAAUAAAUGAACUUGAAGCUGUUGAGGUGGAACUCAAAAUGUUGAAGGAUUCAGAGAUUGAACUUAAGGAACAAAUAAUGCUUCUUCAAGUAACCCUUAACUCUACUCAAACUCUUCUUAAUGAUGAAAAGACUUCAAAUGAAAUUAACAUGAGAAGUAAAGUAGAACUGGAAACUUUGAAAGACCUUUUACAAGAGGAGAUUAACAAUCUUCAGACCAAGAUAGACGACCUGGAAAAUCAAGUUGUUGUUCAAGAAACUCUCAUGGACAAACUUGAGAGUGAGGUUUAUCUAAGAAAAGAACUGGAAAUAAGAGUUAUGGAAAACAACAUGUAUAUUACAGACCUUAAGAAGGAGGUCCACAGGUUACAAGCUGUUCCUAAGGAUACAUUGAGGCUUGGCAAUAAUAUGGAAGAAAAUGAGGAAGACUCAGAAUUGUCAGUAGAAGAACAACUGGCUCAAGCUCUGAAAAAGAUAAAGAUUUUGGAAGAGACUAGAAUGUCUGCAUAUAAACAGUACAAAGAGAUUGAAGAGAUAUAUGAGAAGGAAUGCGACAAGUUGGAGGAAGAAAGGGACCAAGUUAAGAAGGAAAAAGAAAGACUUGCCGAAGAACUGGACGAAACUAAGAAAAGGUUUAAUGAAACUCAAGUUAUGAUUGAAACAAUGAAAGAUACUUCUAAACACAAGCAUAAAACUAGCAGCGAGGAGGAGGAAGAGGAGGAAGAGGAGGAAAAUCUUAGGGAUAAACUAAUAAAGACGGAGGAAGACGUUAAGAUGUACCGUAGUCGAGUUGAAGCAGCGAUGAAGAAUUAUCAGGCUAACGAAGAUUUCUAUGAGAAAGAAUGCAAUAAACUGGAAAGUGAACGAGAUGCGGCAAGACUAGAGAAGACCAGACUUGAGGAGGAACUAAAACAGGUUCGCUCUCUUCUAACUGGGUCCUCCAACACUUCUCCGUUCUCAGUCUGUCAUUCAGAGGAGAAAACGAUUAUUGGAAACUCUGAUAUGGACUUCACCCGGGUUGCAGGAGAAGGAUCUGAAACUGUAUCUCAAGUGUGGAGGGAGGAGAAGAUGAGAUUAGAAAAUGAACUCAAGAAGAUGGAAGAGAUUAAGCUAAAUCUUGAGAUUGAGAUUCAAGAUCUAAGGAAGGAUGUUCCAGUAGAAACCAAGGUUGAGUUGGAAAGGUUAAGGAAGGAGCUUGAAGAGCAGAAGAAAACCUGUGAGAAAAUUCAGAGGGAAAACGCAGAACCAUCUUCUCAGAUACAACAUCCUGACCAAUCUGAAGAGGUUGUGGCCCUGAAAUCCAGACUGAAGGAGGUGAUGUCCAAGUUGGGUAAAAAGAACGCCGAGUACGCCAGCUUGAAGGUGGAUGUGGACAGGGAGCAUCUCCCUUACCAGAUCAAAAAUAAACAACUAGAGGAACUGUUUGCCCUGAGGCCCCAAAUAAAGACCGACCUCAAAUUCAAGCAACUCAAGGGUUAA